GUUUGGGGAUGGAGCUGAGAGGUGUGUGGUCUCUCAGCUAGGGAGAGAGAAGGUGUCAUGGUAGUAAUCAGUUUGGCAAAUCUGAGGAAACCAGGCUCUCCUCUGACUUUUUUUUUCCAUCCAGCUCUGCCAUCUCAGAAUAAUCUCCCAGAAGAAGACAGAAUGCUAAAAGCUAAGGGUCACGAGUCAGUGGCUUUCAAGGAUGUGGCCAUAGACUUCUCUCAAGAGGAAUGGGACUGCCUGGAUGCUACUCAGAGGGAAUUAUACAGAGAUGUGAUGCUGGAGAACUACAGCAAUCUUCUCUCAGUCAGAUUUUCCAUUGUUAAGCCAGAUGUGAUCUCCUUACUGGAGCAAGAGAAGCAACUAUGGCUGAUAACUAGGGACACAACAGGAAGACCUUGCCCAGAUUUGCAGUGCAUGUGUGAUACCAAGGAGUUAUUUCCAAAAAAGAGCUUUUUUGAAAAAGAAUCAUUUCAUUGGUGUGUAAUAGAAAGAUUAAAAAAACAUGACUUUGGUGGAUCCUGUUUGAGAAGCCUAUCUGAAAGACACCAGAGAACUGAAGGAGAAUAUCGCAAGCAAAGGAAAAGCACCUGUGAAAAAAUGCCUAGUUUUAACCUGCACCCACCAGCAACAUACAUUCAUAAGGCUUUUCAUAAGACUUCUCAAGAUUCUCCUCAGAGAAUUCGUACUAACAGGAGACCUCAUGAAGGCAAGGAACAUAGGAAGGCUUUUAGCUGUGGAUCACGACGUCAGCGAGUUCAUACUGGUGAGAAACCCUAUGAGUGUACAGAGUGUGGUAAGGCUUUUAGUCAUCGUUCACAACUUAAUAGGCAUCAAAAAAUUCAUACUGGGGAGAAACCCUAUGAAUGUAGAGACUGUGGGAAGGCCUUUAUUCAGCUGUCACACCUUAUUAGACAUCUAAGAAUACAUACUGGUGAGAAACCUUAUGAAUGUAAGGAUUGUGAGAAGGCUUUUAGCUGUGGCUCAGAACUUACUCAGCAUCAAAGAAUCCAUACUGGUGAAAAACCCUAUGAGUGUAAGGACUGUGGGAAAACCUUUAGCCAUGGUUCACACCUUGUUCAACAUCAGAGAAUUCAUACUGGAGAAAAGCCUUAUGAAUGUAAGGAAUGUGGAAAGACUUUUAGACAUGCCUCACAAUUUGCUCGACAUCAGAAAAUUCAUUCUGGUGAGAGACCUUAUAAAUGUAAGGAAUGUGGGAAAGCUUUCAUUCAGUUAUCACACCUUAUUCGACAUCUAAGAAUUCAUACUGGUGAGAAACCUUAUGAAUGUAAGGAUUGUGAGAAGGCCUUUAGUUGUGGCUCAGAACUGACUAAGCAUCAGAGAAUUCAUAGUGGUGAAAAACCCUAUAAAUGUAAAGAAUGUGGGGAGGCCUUUAUUCAACAUUCACAUCUUACUCGACAUCAGAGAACUCAUGCUAACAGGAAACGCUAUGUAUGUAAGGAAUGUGGGAAGGCCUUCAUCUGGAGUGCCAGACUCACUCAACAUCAGAGAAGUCAUAUUGGAGGGAAAAAAUGAACGUAAGCACAGUACAAAAGUUUUUCUUGAUGGCUCACAACUUUACAGUAGGUAAUUCAUAACUUUUAAUAAUUAUAAACAGAAAUCCCAGGCUUAUGAUGGUUUGGCUUAAGAUUUCUCAACUUUAUUAAAUUGUGACAGCAACACACAUUCAGCAUGCUCCUUGACUUACAAUGGAUUUAUUAGGACAUCAUCCUAUAAAUUGAAAGAGUAUCUGUAAUUUAGCAAAGCCUUUAUUCAUUUUUCACACCUUAUUCAACAUCAGUAAAAUAUUGUGAAUGUAAGAAUGUGGGAAGAACAUUAGUCUUAGCUCAAACUUAAACAUAGCAGAAUUAAUUCUGGAGGGGAUAAACACUCAUGAAGGUCAACAAUGUGGGACUGUGGCCAGUGAGGUGGCUCAUGUGUGCAAUC